AGGAACCGGUCAGUGGCUCGAGCAGAGGGUGUCCUUGGUAGAUCUGGAUCUCGAGCGCCCGGAAAAGUCGCUCAUUAUGUAUGCUUCCUCGCCGCUCGAAGAGCAUUGUUAAUGAGGCUAGCUUCGCAAAACCCGGGAGUCUCAAUUCCCAGCAAUUUCGCCCACUCUUCCCGGAGGCAUUUUGGCCCGUCAUCUGCACGGACAUCAACGGCUCUUUCUUCUGCGAUGAUGUCCUCGACGAGAACGAUAAUCUCGUCAAGCACGUUUCCUGGUCCUGCUUCAAAAUUAAAUUUGUUGACGACCCUCAUCUUUACCAAUGGGUCCAACCUGCUAUCUUUAUGACCUGGUAUCCGGAUGCUCUAAAACAGGUUGUUUUCAUUAUCGACCACCCGCUCCCACCGAGCGAGCUCCUUCAGGUGCUACCUACAAAGCAAGCGACCGGCAAUCCCUAUGUGUGGCAUGCCAUCUUUGCAGGCACCAUGAUGGGUUUAUAUGAUAAGUCUUUCUGGGGACUGCGAAAUCUAGUUCGGAAGACUGAAAAGGCGAGAGAUAACCCCAACGACCUCCACCCGGAGUUCUUCCCUCAUUUGCACGAUAUUGCCCGGCACGUCUUCCACUCGAAUGAGACCCUCGACAUAGCCGAGCAUACGCUGCAGAGCCUAGUGAACGAAUACGUUCGCUCCCGCGAGUUGUAUUCCAGUAUCCCCAAGGGCGAAUGGCUCCAAAAUGAACGGCAGCUGCUUUUCCGGGCGAAGCAGUUGCAUUCGUUGAAGACGAGGAGUCGGUCUCUGGCGGAGCGGUUGCACAACGAGAUCAAUCUGGGAUUCAAUCUUGUGUCGCAACGGUUCGGUAGUGAUGCCAAGUCGGACAAUGCCAUGAUGAAGACGGUUGCCAUCGUCAGUAUGGUCUACCUUCCGGGGACCUUUGUCUCGGGGUUGUUUGGAACCAACUUCUUCAACUACUCUGAUGGAAAAGAAGUCAUGACAGAGUCCUUCUGGAUUUACUGGGUUAUUACUAUCCCACUGACUCUGCUGACGAUGCUAAUUUGGGCAUGUUGGCAUUAUUAUCCGAGGAAGAAGUCGAACCUCGACCCGAACUCGAAAAGGACGGAGACAUUCGAGCCAUAGUAUAUACUUUGUGGACAUGUUGGAUAUGAUAAGGUACGAUGUGAUGUAUACGAUAUAACGAGUUACGGAUGAACUUUGGAUGAUGCAUUGCCAUUGAUAGAUGAUAUUGAAUUGAAGCUUAUUUCUGUCUCUUGG